CAUUUGGCCCCAUUAUUGUCAUUGAGUUGAUGAUCUAACCCCAUAACUUUUCAAAGAACCUUCGAGAUAACACCCUGAUUGAUCCCAAAUCGAAAGCGGGGAGCCCUCAAAAUAUAACAACAAACAGCCAAAAAUUUGAUUCGCAGUUUCACACACACACACAGAGGCUAAAAAGCGCCCUAAAAUCUCCUUACAUUUUCCUUGUUCCGUAAACAAACAAACAAUGGCGAAUGAUUCCGGUACCAAUCAACCGCCGUCGCCGUCGACGGCGUCGACGUCGUCUACGGCGGAUUCGUAUAUCGGGAGUUUCAUUAGUCUGAUAUCCAAGUUCGAGGUUCGUUAUGAAGGCGUGCUCUACUAUCUUAACCCACAAGACUCUUCUCUUGGCUUGAAAAACGUGAGAUCAUAUGGAACUGAGGGACGUAAGAAAGACGGUCCGCAGAUUCCUCCAAGCGAUAAAGUUUUUGAAUUUAUUUUGUUUCGUGGGAGUGACAUUAAGGAUUUGCAAGUAAAAUCCUCACCAUCGCCUCAAGUGGAAGAAUCAUUGAAUAAUGAUCCUGCAAUUAUUCAGUCAAGCUGUGCUGGCGUUGCCCCAAGCUCUUCAAAAUCGGUAUCACUUAAUGGUGGAUCUUUGACAGAAUAUGGCUCUUACAAGGGACCUGCUUCAUUGAACAUUGUGCCACCUUCUCAUCAAUCUGCAAGCCAAUUUGAAUAUGGCGCUUCUCAGGCAACUCAAUCCAACACGGGUUCUUAUGCAACUCCCUCUUACCAGCAAAGAUACAGUGAACCCACAAGCAGUCACCAUGCUCCACAACAUUCUAUUCCACCUGCUGCUUCACAUGCGAUGAUGCAGGAUUUUCUGCAGGGAUACCCACUCCAAGGCCCUGAACAUUUCACUUCAGCUGUUCUAACAAAAAGCGUAGCUCCAGUGCCUUUGGUAACCACUGCAAAUUCUUUAACCAGCAGACAGAGUCUUGCACCACCGCAACUUCCUAUGGCUCCGAGUACUAACACUAUGUCUCCCUUGUUAUCUGUAACCUCUUCCAUACCUUCUUACUUAUAUACUCCUGCAUUUCCCCAAUCUAGUCAAAAUGUGGGUAACUCUGGGGCUCCAAUCCUUGCUAGAAUAGGUUCUACUGCUCCACCCUUAUUUCCUGUAUCCCCAGUUGUAGAUCCCUCAUCAGGUGUCUUUCCACAACAACCCCCUAGAUUGCUAACUCCGGAUCAGUUAUCUCUCCCUAGAUUUUCUGGGCAACUAUAUUCAGAUCAGAACCUUGGUGCUCUCAGCUCAGAGCCUCUGAAUCCAUCAUCAUCAUUUACUACUCCAGCAGUCCAAACACCAUUGUUGCCACUGCCACCUGCUGCAAAGAAGUUGCAAUCAUCUUCAGAUUUUACGGAGGAGUUCGAUUUUGCUGCAAUGAAUGAGAAGUUCAAUAAGGAUGAAGUAUGGGGUUAUCUUGGAAAAACAAAACAAACAGCUAAAAAGAUGGACGGCGAGGAUAUUGGUAUAGUCAAUGAGGACAAGGGGAAUGAAGAUGGUCAUGGCUUGGAUUCUAAUGCUGAUCCCAAACCUGCCUAUAAUAAGGAUGACUUCUUUGAUAAUAUAUCCCGCAACACAGUUGUUCGUGGAGGCAGGAAUGGGCAGAAUCGUUUGUCUCAGAGGAUGAGGCAGGAUAGUGAGACUUUUGGUCAUCAGCAAAGGCCUUAUCCUGGGUAUGGUGGUUAUGGGCCUGGACAUGGUGGGCACCGUGGUGGAUAUGGUUAUGGUUGGGGAAGGGGGUAUAAUAACUAUGGAAGUAGGGGUCGUGGAGGAGGGUACAUGAGGUAACCUACCUAUUCAUUGGAAUUUCACACGGUGUCCGAUAAUGCCGUUUUGCUGCAGUAUUCAACCCAAAUGCAGAGUAAAUCUCCCGCUAGUUUAUGACAUUUGCUGAGGAGUUCAAUACCAAAUGUUACCAAACUGCCAAUUACUACAGUUGCCAGGUGUAUUAGGAAUUGUUGCUCAUGGCUGGUUCAUGUUAUUUUUUGGUUCAGUGAGCCAGGUUUUUCUGUAUGCUUCUUUACAGAGACUAUUAUUAUCGUUCGUAUGUAUGCCCUGGUGGGGAUUUGAGUUUUUCUAUCACUUCAUUUGUUCGGGAUUUGACGUGUAAGUUGUCUGUUAUUUUCUCUAGCUCAAAUUAGAUACGGGAAAUGAACUUUUUCUCAUCAUUCUCUGCAGUUUUAAAAUACCUUGAACUUUGUCUAAACCAAAGUACUAUAUUACUGAUAUUUUCAAUGAAGAUGCACUAGCAGGUUAAUAUA